GGAUUCGACCUCGGCAAUCACUUCUGCGAAUAUGCUUACGAUUACAAUUGUGACAAACCGCCCUAUUACAAGGUGUAUGACGAUAUGUUCGAUGUCGUUUAUGAGAGAAAAAGCUUUUGUGAGGCCUAUUUGGAUGAAGUUUAUAAGAUGCGCGAUGCCGGUAACAAUCCUCAUUUCCCAUCUGAUCUCGUGACCGGUGACAGAGAAGCCGAUCUUGAACGUCUUAUCACCGAAUCGACACUGUUUAUGGCUGUAGCCAACAUGUAUUGGACCUGUUGGGCGUUUGUGAACGCCGAGGCGAGUUUCAGAUUUUCGUCCCAGGAACAGUGUUCAUUGCGCACCUCUUAA